AAAUUUUUGAAGUCCGCUGCCGCCAACCAACCACUCCAUCUUCUUUCAAAUCGACACUCAGAUUCGAGCCUUCAGACGCAGAAGACAAAAAGGAGCAGCAAAAAAAGAGAGGCACAAAAGCAUUCAGCGAAAAAAUGCCAGGCCAGCCGGGGCGAGUACAGAUUAUCGACCCGACGUCCGCGACGGGAGAAGAGAUCGACGCCGCAGUGGAUCGGGAUAGGAUACGAGUGUUGGCCGGCGCGACAGAAACGGCCGCUUCGUUUCAGUUCGACGGGGAAGAUCAUACGCUGGGGAAUGCGCUGCGGUAUGUUAUCAUGAAGAACCCUGACGUCGAGUUCUGCGGCUACUCCAUCCCGCACCCUUCAGAGGCCAAAAUGAACAUCCGCAUCCAGACAUAUGACGGCGUCAGCGUGUACGCGGUUCUGGAAAAAGGGCUUCAAGAUCUGAUGGACAUGUGCGACAUCGUGGAGGAUAAAUUCAGGGCAGCAAGGGAGGACUUCAAGGAUAGGAUGGAGACGUGAGAGGUGUGGCGGCACGACUUUCGCUCGAUGAUCGGAACUAAAGCUUUGCAUUGCAGGCGUUUCACAGGUGACAUGGCUGAAGGGCGCGCGGGAAAGGAAAUGGUAUUUCUCGGGUUAUGUACAUGUUCUCCAGGUGCUCCCUUUUGCUCCUUGGUGUGGAGAAAGUGAUCAGUUGCGACCCUGCACGAGACGUUAAUUGGAGGUAGUAUGCGGCGAGCUAAAGGGAAUGCGUACCUCCAAGAACCCGUUGAUGAAGUUGCUCGGCAGCCUGGCCUUCGGAUCCUCU